UUUGAGAAACAGUAGACAUUACUGUAGAUCACGCGGAAAUAGUUGAUUUCGUAUGUUCAUGUGUUAAUCAUGUAUCUCUGUGUUUCCGUGACUGCGAUUGCAACGCUGUUACCGAGAGUGUUGUAAACUACAUAUUGGUUUUACGUAUUAAGAUGGCUCUGUGUUGUUGUGGGAAGGUAUAGUUGUUGUUUACGCCGUGUGUGAGAAGUUGUGUAUGUUUGGAAUCGUAAUAUUUUUGAAAGAUUCGAACUUGCUAAAAACACAGAUACUCUAAUACACCAUGUAUAACGGAAUUGGUUUACCGACUGCCAGAGGCUCGGGAACUAAUGGCUAUGUUCAGAGAAACUGGGCAUUUGUACGUAAAACGAAGGAUAAAGUGACGUACAAAACUGAAGAAGAACUGGAGAAAUUAGAAUCGACAAGUAACAGGCAACCAAACAGAGAAAUAUUGGAUCAUGAAAGGAAGAGGAAAGUCGAGAUCAAAUGCAUGGAACUGGAAGAAAUUCUUGAAGAUCAAGGAUACACAGCGGAGGAGAUAGAACUGAAGGUAGCAGAAUAUCGCACCAUGUUGGUCGACAGUGGCGGCAAGGCAACGGCCAUACCCAGGGACGAAUUCGGACGCUUCGCUGUUCGAGAAACUCAUCAGAUUGCCGAAGCUCAACAAGAGAAAAAUGCCAAGUUACGUGAAGCUUUUGGUAUCUCUGAAUACUUUGUCGAAGGCAGUAGUCUGGAUCCACAGCGUCAUGUGAAAGAGGCACAAGCUAAAGCAGCUGCAGAACAGAACAAGAAAUAUACUUUGGUCCGUACUCCCAGUCCAGAGCAGUUAUCGUCACAUACUGGAGAGAAGGCCAAGAAAAGAAAGAGAAAAUCCAGAGACAGUUCCACCAGUCCUGAGACGAAAAAAGAAAAAAAGAAGAAAGCCAAGAAACACAAGAAAGAAAGAUCAGAAUCACCGAAGCAUUCGAAGAAGAAGCAAACUGGGAAGGACAAAAAGAAGGAAAAAAAUCGCCACAAGAAACGAAGAUCAUCGUCAUCCUCAUCAGAUUCAUCGUCAUCAAGUGAUGAAGACUCCAGCAGUGGUUCAGCUUUGAGCGAUAAAAAGAAGCAGCAGCAGCAACAACAGAAGAAGAAAGAUAAGGCACGUGAACAGCAAUCUAAACCCACUGAUAAAUCUGAAAUUCAAGUCAAAGAGAAACAUCUUGCAUUAGAGAAACGACGAACGAUGACCUUCUCAAAGAAGAAAGGGUCAAUACAUGACAGUUCAUCUGAAAGUGCUUCUGAAGUUGAAGAAAAGUUGACAAAGAAGAAUACAUCUGAAAAAGGAGAACGCCAUCGUAGCAGAAACCAUGGGCUAUCUCCAUAUAGUAAUCACAGAAAUCCUGGUGAAUCAAGUUCACGUUCAGUGGAUAAAUCUUCAUCAAAAAGUAAUUCUCAUGAUAUCACUAGCAAGUCUGAUAGUAAAAAGGACAGAACAGAUCCCAAAAACAAGAAAACAAUUGACACAGGACAGGAGAAGAAACAGAAAGAAAGAGAAAAUAAGAAGAGGAGAAAUAGUAUAGAAGUUUCACCUGAUGCUCAAUCACGACAAUCGUUAUCUCCUUUUCCAAAGAAAAGUUCGAGCAGCAAAAAAUUCCAGGCACCACCAUCACCAAAGUCAAAGCAUGCCCAGCAGAAAUCUAAAUCUCCAUCCACAAAGCAGCAUAAAUCUGCUUCCAUUAGGAGAAGCAAGUCAAGAUCACCAGUAACAAAAAGUGUGCGAUCUAAAGAAAUAAAAUCUUCACAAAAAAUUGUAUCACCAAAGGCCAGGCAUCAGAAGUCAAGAAGUCAUUCAAAAUCAAUCUCACCUCGACGCACUAUAUCUGACAUUAAGAGAUCAUCACGUAAGUCUCCUUCUCCGAGACACAAGCGGAAAGAUGGGCCCAGAUCAAGAAGCAGGAGCAGAUCACAUUCAGUACCAAGAAGCUACAGUAGAAACCACAAACGAUCAAGGAAGAGCUCCUCUGAUUCACCUGUUUCUCCAAAACGUAGACAUUCCUCAAGGCAUCGAUGUAACAGUGACACACGGUCACCAUCCCUCAGAACUAGCAGAUCGCGAACCCGCCGAGACCGAAGAAGUUCUCCAAAAAUGUCGUCAGUUUCACCCAAACAUAAACGUACUAAGUAUUCUAUGUCUCCCACACUCAAAAAGUCGAUACAUUUGAGGAGUAAAUCAAAAUCCCUCGAACGGAGCCAGCUGGCUGCAAAAGUAUCCAAGUCAUCUUUGUCACCUAAGUCUUCAGCACCCUUGAGGUCAAGGAGCAGUAGUAGAUCCCAUAAUCGAAACAGGAAGUCACCAGAUAAUUUAAUAAAACAAAAGGGGUCAAGAUCACCUUUUAACACAAAGAGUAAAGAACGAAGACAUCGAAGUAGGAGUAAAUCACCAAUAAAGAAUCACCACAGCAACAGAUCUCCCAGCAGAACUAAAUUAAAGAAGACGUUGUCUCCUGAAAAGCCUGAUGUCAGCAAAUUGAAAAAAAAUUCACCACCUGUUCAGAGUAAGAAGCAAACAGAUACUUUGAAAUCAAAAAGAACUAACAGUAUGAGCAGUGAUAGCAGUUCCGCUCAGACAAGCCUCAGCUAUUCACCUAUAGAGAAGUACCCAGAACGUUACCAAGAUGUAUUGGAUUCAAAGGCAGCAAGUAAAAAGAACAACAUUGCUUCCAAAUCUCUGAACAAACUGUCAAAAAGGAAGAAUUCAAGACACAAGUCGAAGUCUAAAUCUCGCUCUCCAUCUCGAAAUCGAAGGGUUGCAGCAGCAAUUAUACCUAGGGUUCGACUUCGAUCUUCUAGUGGAGAAGAAGAUGAUGACGAUGAAGAGAAAGAUAACAAAGAGAAGGAAGAGGACAGUCAGGAAAUGGAAACACUGAAACUUUUGAAAUCUGGUCUUGCUGAGAAAGCAAAGGAAUCAUUAGAAAAAAAACUAACAAAACCAUCACCUGAACAUCAGAAACCUGAAGAAUCAGUUAACAAAGAUACUGAAACUGAAAGUGAAGAAAAAAUAGAUGAUAAGGGUAGUAUUCCAGUUUCGAGUGUGGAAGACUCCAUUUGUGACAUUGCUCUACCUCAGAAAAGUCAGACUUCCGAUGAUAAUGACACUGCAUCGGAUAACGAAAAACCCGAUGUAAGUCAGAAGUCCCCAGUAGAUGUUCCUUGUCCUUCUGAGGAACCUGACAUUGCUGUCAUGCCAGAUUCAAUUCCAAAACCACCAGGUUCACCUCCAGCAAAAAAACCUUCUGAAACUGUUGUCAAAUCAGAACCUAUUGAUGACUCGACUACUGCUUCUAAUAUUGAAGUUUUCCUGGAAACUUUGAAGUCUCAACUUAGGGACUCUGUCUCCCCCCCACGGAGGCUCAACCGAAAUGCAAAUUCCAGCAGCAGAUCACGAUCUGGGUCAGAGUCAGCAGAGCGUAGUGUGAAGACCUCUCAUAAAUCCAGGAGUUCAUCACGUUCAUCAUCAAGUCACAGAUCAUCCCAGCGGAGUGUUAAAGGUUACGUGUACAGCAGCAGUGACUCCCGCAGUAGCAUCUCACGCAGUGCUUCUCGCAGCAGGUCACGAUCUAGCCACUCGGAUUCAAGUCGUUCGGGGUCUAGAUCUCGGAGUUGCUCCAGCAGCUCCUCAUUCACUAGCAGUUCUACUACCCGCUCUCGAUCACCUUCUAUUCCACGCCGCCGUGGCUCGCCAAGUUUCCUUGAUCGUCGUCGUAUCACCAGGGAUGCUGGAAAAUCCAAAUCAAGGUCGAGUUCCAGAUCAUCUCUAAGCCUUGAUUAGCCUGCAUCAUGGCAGUAUAGGAUGCUUGUGACAUGAACACAUAGUGACAUGAUCUAUUGCUGCUAGUGUACAUUAAUUUUCAUUCACAGCUUGUAAACACAAGGACUACAAUCUCAUUGUCAAAUAGAGACCGCGACUGUGUUACUAACUUGUCAGCACAGUCAUUCAGAGUGUAUAUGUACAUAUGUACCCAUGUACACAAUUUUUGUGUAAAUUAUUAAAAUUUCUUUUAUUUU